AUGGGCAGUGUCAGGGGUGUGAGCGCCUUCAAUGCCGAGAACGUGCUCCUUGCCUUAUUUGAACAGUAUUGGAUCCUUCUUUACCCAGCCAUGAAGUUGUCUCUUUCCCUGCUCGCGGCCUUAGCCAUGCCAGUGGUUCAAAGUCUGGUGCUCGGUGGCCGCAACCAAGCCUACAGUAUCAUUCAUGAGCCCGCCAAAAGAGAACUGCUGCAAGAUCUCAUCACAUGGGACGACAAGUCGCUCUUCAUCCGGGGCGAACGUGCCCUCAUGUUCUCCGGCGAGUUCCACCCGUUCCGGCUUCCCGUCCCGUCACUGUACCUGGAUGUGUUUCAAAAGAUCAAGGCCAUGGGCUUCAACAUGGUCUCCUUCUACGUAGACUGGGCGCUGCUCGAAGGCAAGCCGGGCGAGUUUCGCGCCCACGGCAUCUUUUCCCUUGAGCCCUUUUUCGAGGCCGCCACCAAGGCGGGCGUCUAUCUUCUUGCCCGGCCGGGCCCUUACAUCAACGCCGAAGUCUCGGGCGGAGGCUAUCCUGGUUGGAUACAGCGCAUCAAGGGCGUCUUGCGCACUGACGCUCCCGACUACCUCGAGGCAACCAACAACUACAUGGCCAACAUUGGCGCCAUCAUUGCCAAAGCUCAAAUCACAAAUGGUGGCCCCGUCAUUCUAUUCCAGCCAGAGAAUGAAUACAGCGGCGCCUCUGUGUCCCCAUUUCCGAACAAGAAGUACAUGCAGUAUGUCAUAGAUCAAGCUCGUAAAUCUGGCAUUGUGGUGCCGCUCAUCGACAACGAUUCUUAUCCUGGCGGUACUGGCGCGCCUGGCACUGGUGAAGGAGAGGUCGACAUCUAUGGUUUCGAUUCAUAUCCUCUAGGGUUUGACUGCGGUCAUCCCGACUUGUGGCCAGCCGGGAACCUGCCUACCGACCUACACGAGACACAUAUGCGACUUAGCCCAAGCACUCCCUUCUCCAUCGUCGAGUUUCAAGGCGGAUCUUAUGACCCUUUUGGUGGCUUUGGUUUUGAUCAGUGCUACAAGCUUCUCAACCACGAAUUCUCUCGCGUCUUUGACAAGAACAACCUUGCUGCGGGUGUCAACAUCUUCAACAUUUACAUGAUUUUUGGCGGCACCAACUGGGGAAACUUGGGCCAUCCGAAUGGGUACACGUCGUACGACUAUGGCGCUAGCAUCAGAGAAGACCGCUAUAUUGGCCGUGAGAAAUACUCGGAAAUGAAGCUUGAAGCACAAUUCAUGCGUGUGUCUCCCUCCAUCCUGCAGGCUACACCAGGCAAUGUCACGACCGGCGUAUACAGCGACAGCAAAGACAUUGCCAUCACGCCCAUGCUCUCAAACAAGACGGGCAGCUACUUCCUCGCUCGCCACGCAGACUACCAAAGCCGAGAUUCGACAUCCUAUACCUUCAAGCUCCCCACCUCUCAGGGAACGCUCUACAUCCCACAGUUGGGCGGCAAGCUGACCCUAUCCGGGCGCGACUCCAAAUUCCACGUCACCGACUACGCCGUCGGCGACCACACACUUCUCUACUCCACCGCCGAGAUUAUGACCUGGAAGAAGUCUGAUAACCGGACCCUCGUCAUCUUGUACGGCGGGCUUGGCGAGCUGCACGAAUUUGCCUUGAAAAACGCUAUUGGCGUCGACAAUGCUUACGGCAGCCAGAUGGACUACAAACAGAGAAACAGCUCCGUCAUUGUCCAGUUCACUCCUACACCAGAGCGCCAGGUCAUUUGCUUCGGCGACCUCACCAUCUUCAUGCUCGACCGCAACAGCGCCUACAACUAUUGGGUCCCAGUGCUUCCCAAGGGUGGUUCUGCAUACGGCAGCUCCGUGAUGAAUCCAGAGACCAUCAUUGUCAACGGCGGAUACCUCGUACGAUCCGCCUCCAUCAACGGCGAUACCGUCUCCAUCCAAGCCGACUUCAACCAGACAACGUUCCUCGAGAUCAUCGGCGCCCCCAGGCACGCCUCCAAGCUUUCUAUCAACGGCCAACCCACAUGCUUCAAAAAGACCGCCGACGGCACUUGGCUGUCCAAGCCCGCCAUUCGUUUCCCCGCCGUCAACCUGCCCUCUCUACACUCCCUCGACUGGCACGCCAUUGACUCCCUCCCCGAGAUCCAACCCGGAUACGACGAUGCCCUUUGGACGAAGGCCAACCACAGCACCACGACCAACCCGCGAGGCACGCCCCUCAAGACGCCCGUCUCCCUGUACGGCUCAGACUACGGCUUCAACACGGGCACCAUGCUCUUCCGAGGCAUCUUCACCGCCGCCGGCGACGAGGACCAGCUCGUGCUCACCACGUCCGGCGGCGAGGCCUACGCCGCGUCCGCCUGGAUCGACGACACCUUCAUCGGCUCCUUUGACGGCGCCAGGAACUGGGACACCGUCGUCGUCACACACGCCGUCCCACGGCUGCCCGCCGGCAGCCGCCACGUGCUCACCGUCGUCAUGGACAGCACCGGCUUCAACGAGAACCUGACGCCCGGCAACGACGACAUGAAGGCCCCGCGCGGCAUCCUCGACUACAGGCUGCACAAAGCCGCCGCCCGCAACAGUAGCAGCCGCGCACCCACGCCCAUUACCGACUGGAAGAUUGCCGGCAACCUCGGCGGGGAGGACUACAAGGAUCGCUUCCGCGGCCCGCUUAACGAGGGCGGCCUCUUCUUCGAGCGCAACGGCUACCACCAGCCGUCGCCGCCACUCGGCCUCUUCACCAAGGCCUCGCCGUUUGCGGGCACCACCAAGGAGGGCAUCACCUACUACACGGCCAGACUGGAUCUGGACCUCCCUGCCGACCAAUACGAUAUCCCCAUUGCGUUCCGCUUCGAUAACAGCAGCGACGCCGCCUCUCCCGCGUACCGCACACUGCUCUACGUCAACGGCUUCCAGUACGGCAAGUACAUUAGCAAUAUUGGCCCGCAGACAGAGUUUCCGGUGCCGGAGGGCAUCCUCAACUACAAUGGGGAGAACUGGCCUGGCGUCUCUGUCUGGGCUCUGGAUGGCAACGGCGCCAGGAUUCCCGGGCUUUCCCUCACGUCCCGUGCGCCAGUCUUGACCAGUCGAGACAGGGUCCAACUUGUUGAUGGGCCUACAUACAGCAAGCGUGACGAUGCAUUUUGA